AUGACUAGAACUUCAGUAUUGGCAGACGCUUUGAACGCUAUCAACAACGCCGAAAAGACAGGUAAACGUCAAGUAUUGAUAAGACCAUCGUCCAAGGUCAUUGUCAGAUUUUUAACAGUUAUGCAAAAGCACGGCUACAUUGGUGAAUUUGAAUACAUUGAUGACCACAGAUCGGGAAAGAUUGUUGUUCAAUUAAAUGGAAGAUUGAAUAAGUGCGGUGUGAUCUCCCCAAGAUUCAACGUUAAAAUUGGUGACAUUGAGAGAUGGACCGAUAACUUGUUGCCAGCUAGACAAUUUGGUUACGUUAUUUUGACCACUUCUGCUGGUAUCAUGGAUCAUGAAGAAGCCAGAAGGAAACAUGUUUCAGGUAAGAUUUUAGGGUUUGUUUAUUAG